AUGGGUGCUCAAGACUUUGCGGCCGAGGACCAGAAGUAUCUGGACGAGGUCAACGCUGUCAAGCAAUGGUGGUCUGAUUCACGAUGGAGAUACACCAAGCGCCCAUUCACUGCUGAGCAGAUUGUGGCCAAGCGCGGUACAUUGAAGGUCGAAUAUCCUUCCAAUGUUCAGUCCAAGAAGCUUUGGAAGCUCCUCGAGGAGCGAUUCAACACAAAAACCGCGAGUUUCACUUAUGGAUGUCUCGAGCCGACGAUGCUCACGCAAAUGAUCAAAUACCUUGAUACUAUCUACGUCUCGGGCUGGCAAAGCUCUUCGACCGCUUCUUCGACUGACGAACCUUCUCCUGAUCUUGCCGAUUAUCCUAUGAACACCGUUCCAAACAAGGUCAACCAACUCUUCCUCGCCCAGCUGUUCCACGACCGGAAACAGAGGGAAGAGCGCAUCACGACCCCGAAAGAGAAGCGCGAUCAGGUCCAGAACUACGACUACCUCCGCCCCAUCAUUGCCGAUGCCGACACCGGCCACGGAGGUCUGACUGCUGUCAUGAAGCUCACAAAACUUUUUGUUGAGCGCGGCGCGGCCGGAAUUCACAUCGAAGACCAGGCCCCUGGUACCAAAAAGUGCGGCCACAUGGCCGGCAAGGUGCUUGUCCCGAUCAACGAGCACAUCAACCGUCUGGUUGCCAUCCGUGCCCAGGCCGAUAUCAUGGGUGUCGACCUUUUGGCUAUUGCACGAACCGAUUCCGAAGCUGCUACCCUCAUCACCUCCACCAUCGAUUACCGGGAUCACGCCUACCUCAUUGGAUCCACAAACCCCAACAUCCAACCUCUGAAUGAUCUGAUGGUUGCUGCCGAGCAAUCCGGAAAGGUGGGAGACCAGCUACAGGCCAUCGAAGACCAAUGGACUGCGCAGGCUGGCCUGAAGAAAUUCGACGACGCCGUGGUCGAUGUCAUCAAUGCUGGUGUUCUUGCGAACAAGGCACAGCUGAUUGACCAGUACUUGAAGGCCGUCAAGGGCAAGAGCAACACUGAAGCACGUGCCAUUGCCAAGGGCAUCACAGGCGUAGAUAUCUACUGGGACUGGGACGCACCCCGUACGCGAGAGGGCUACUACCGCUACCAGGGGGGCACCCAAUGCGCCGUCAACCGUGCUGUUGCGUACGCACCUUUUGCCGACCUGAUUUGGAUGGAGAGCAAGCUGCCUGACUUUAAGCAAGCCAAGGAGUUUGCCGACGGUGUUCACGCCGUUUGGCCCGAGCAAAAACUGUCCUACAACUUGUCGCCCUCGUUCAACUGGAAGGCGGCCAUGUCUCAAGAAGAGCAAGUGACCUACAUCGAACGACUGGGCAAGCUCGGAUACGCCUGGCAGUUCAUCACCUUGGCGGGUCUGCACUCUACUGCCCUCAUUUCCGACCAGUUUGCCUCGGCCUAUGCCAAACAGGGCAUGCGCGCGUACGGCGAGCUCGUUCAAGAGCCCGAGAUGGAGCGCAAGAUUGAUAUCGUCACGCACCAGAAAUGGAGCGGUGCCAACCUCAUCGACCACAGCCUUUCCAUGGUGACUGGUGGCAUCAGCAGCACUGCUGCCAUGGGCAAGGGAGUGACGGAAGAUCAGUUCAAGAAGUAG